GAAAUAGAUGGUCCACAAAUAUUGAAGAUCUAGCACCAAAAUUAACAAAUGCUCCAAUGUUCAAAAUCAAAGGGAGCCCACAUGUCGUCAGAGUCGUCACACAGAACCAAAAUUUAUCCCUAUAAAAUACUAGUACUACGAGCAAUAUCUUUCUGCCUCUUUUCAAUUUUGUAUCCUCCACACCUCUUAAACUAUUUCUCUUUCUCUCUCCUCCUCCACUCUUUUCUGUCACCUUAAGCGUGAAGAUAGGGUGCGAUUCUGUCAUUUUGUGCCAUGGGAUUUGAAUCAUAGACCCAGAUUUCUGAUUCAAUAUUCUCUAUUUAAAUUUAUUCAGAUUCUUUUUUGUUUUUUUUUUGGUUAUUUAGGAGUAAUUUUCAUUUGGGUAUUGAUUAGAUUUUUGAGGGUUUAUGCUAAAAUUAGUUGCUUUUUGAAGAAUUUGGUGCCCUUUUUUCUGGGAUUUCCGUUGUUGUCAAUGGGCGCUUUAGAUGAGGGUCAUUAUGAUGUGGAGCUUGAAAAUUCAUUGAAAUUGUUGGAUGUUGAACAAGAACCAGAUAUCCAGGCUGCUGUGAGGGUUUUGUUGCAAGGUUUGGGGGAAGAUAUCAAUAGGGAAGGCAUCAUAAAGACACCGCUCCGCGUUGCCAAAGCUCUCCGGCACGCCACUACAGGCUACAAACAAAAUGUAAAAGACAUUAUAGAAGGUGCUAUAUUUCCAGAAGCAGGUCUUGACUAUAAUAGAGUUGGCCAUGCUGGAGGUGCUGGGGGUCUUGUCAUUGUUCGGGAUCUCGAUCUCUUUUCAUAUUGUGAGUCUUGCUUGCUACCGUUCCAGGUAAAAUGUCACGUGGGCUAUGUUCCAUCCGGGCAACAAGUUGUUGGCCUUAGCAAGCUAUCUCGGGUAGCUGAUGUCUUUGCUAAGCGCCUCCAAGAUCCACAGAGGCUAGCUAAUGAAUUAUGCUCAGCUUUGCAACAUUCCAUCAAACCAGCUGGAGUUGCUGUUGUUCUUCAGUGUCUUCACAUGCAUUUUCCCGCGUUAGAGUCUAUGUUCCUUGACUCAUCCUCUGACGGGUGGAUAAAAGUGCUCGUAUCCUCGGGAUCUGGAGUUUUCGAAGAUAAAGAGGCUACUAUUUGGGGUGAGUUUUUUAGUCUUUUGAAAUUUCGGGCCUCACAAAUAGCUGAAAAAAUCCAAAAGAGGAACUCGAUUAAUCAUUGGUGCCCGUCCCAAGCUUCCCCUAUUAGUAAAAUUUCAUCCAAUGUUGGAAGUGUGAAUUCUAGUAUGGUUAGCGCAGUCACUUCGAUUCUCAGAUCCUUGGGUGAAGAUCCCCUAAGAAAAGAGCUUGUUGGUACUCCCGCUCAUUUUGUGAAUUGGCUGAUGAAUUUCCAGAACUGUAACAUGGAGAUGAAGCUGAACUCAUUUAUUUGUAAUAAAGCAAGGCCUCAGAAAUCAAACGGUGAAGUGAUAUUCAACUCACUAAUCCAUUCUGAACUAAACUUGCCGUUUUGGUCACAAUGUGAACAUCACUUGCUCCCAUUUCACGGAGUAGUGCAUAUAGGUUACUUAUCUGCUGAACGAGUAGAUCCCAUAGGGAAGUCUCUUCUUCAGUCAAUUGUUCACUUUUUUGGAUUCAAGCUUCAGGUUCAGGAGAGAUUCACUAAACAGAUUGCUGAAAUAGUUGCGCCUCUUCUUGGUGGAGACGUGAUAGUGGUGGCAGAGGCUAGCCAUAUGUGCAUGAUUUCUCGGGGUAUUGAGAAGUUUGGUAGCAGCACAGCCACAGUUGCUGUUCUUGGUCAUUUUUCAACUGAUGCAAAGGCUCGAGCGUUGUUUUUAGAUAGCCUUCCCAUCAUCAACAAUUAAUAUUUUCAAUUAAGGAAUCGCUUGGCCAUUUAAUUUUGUUUACAGGUUGCAAUAAGCAGAGAUUAGUUUGAAUGGAAAUACACAACAAGGUGAUUCAGGAAAUCGAGUCUUUUUUAUAUCUCAUUUAUCCUACUGUAUCAAUGGUGCCAUUCAGAAGAGGUUUUCCUGUUUUAAUUAUGCUGAUUAAUCAGCUUUUGAGCAGUGAGGGUUUUGCGUUUCAUUAUAGUUUUACACACAAGUACAGAUGAUGAAUUUAAUGCAGUAGAAACUGCUGACCAUUUUUGUACUGAUCAAAACUGUAAUGUCUCAGAUGGUUGUUCCAGAGGAUGGUCUUGUUCUGCAUGGAUUCA